AUGUUUAUAAUUGUAUUGGUUGUCCUUGCAUUAACAGAGGCGAAAUCGAUCACUCAAACAUUUACAAUGAAGUAGCUUCAGAAAUAAUAAUAUAUCCCAAUUAAUAGAUUUGGCAGUAGAGGAAUAGUAAAUUAUAAAAUAUCCACUCGUAUCAUCAAGCCUCCUAAGGAUUACGAAAAUAAAUAAUUUGAUAUAUCUUUUGAAUUUUUUUAGUAAGACCGCUGGCAGUAAGCUCUGAAAAAAGAUGAAUGUCGUAGAUAGGAUGAUGCAAACAAAAUUGUGCAUUAAACAAUAGAAGCGAAUUAGGAUUAGAAAGUCUCAACUUAAGAGGGAUAAUUGAUUUUUGGACAAUAUCAUAAUGUUUGGCUAGCAGUCUUUAAUAAUUGUUAACAUGCAAUUGACAAAGUUAUUAAGAUAAAUAAUAAAAACACAAAAUUAGAAAUCACAGUUUGGUUUUAUGAAGAGGGUGGACAAGAAUUCUCUUUAGAAGAGUAAGGACUCUUAACUGUAGUGAGCAUUUUAACAGUUUUUACAAUUAUAGGAUUUAUCUAUAAUUAUAGAAUAUUUAGAUAAGAAUAAUAAAAGUAUGGAGAAUGGGAUUAUGCUUAUUUAUUUAUACUUGUUGUAAUUGGUUUAGAGGCAUUACAAAACUUACUAAAUUUUAUGCACUUAACAGUUUAUUAUGUAAAUGGUAAAGGAAUUGGAACAUUUUCAGCUAUUUCAGAAAUCCUCUAAGUGGUUGAUAAUUUUCUUCUCAUGAUUUUAUUAAUACUGUUAGCAUGGGGAUGGUCAAUAGAAUUUAUGGAUAUGGAAGAUUGGGAUAUUUAUGUGCCAUUAGCAUUUUUGAUAGCUUUUGCUUAGGCAUUAAUAAUUGGAUUGGGAAGGUUGGUCAGCAGUCAAACAGAUAAUCAUCUUUAUGAAGGGUGGGUAGGAUACACAAUCAGUUUAAUAUAUAUUAGUCUUGCCCUCUAUUUUUAUUAUUCAACAAAUCAAAGAAAAAAGAAAGGAGAUGCUGUUGAUAACUUUUAUUUCCAAUUGAAAAUUUAUGGCAUGUUAUUUUUUCUAGCGUUUCCUUUUUUUUUAUUUGUUUCAAAACUAGUAGAUCCCUACAAGGCUUACAAAAUAAUCAGCAUCGGCAAUAUGUUUGUACGUAUGUUAAACAUCGUUUUAAUGGCAAGAUUGUUUACUGGUAAGUCUUCGGAUUAUCAAAAAAUCUGUAUUAAAGGGAAAUCCUUCUUAGAUAGAGGAAAGUUUUUAUGA